AACACGGACAUAUUUCACUGAAAGCCCCCAGAUGUCAUCAUACGAUGCAGGCUGUUCUAUCUGGUCUAUCAGCAUAUUUAGCCAGUAAUUAAAAUUCUGCCCGUACCGCUUGUAUUAGGAACUGUUUGCAUUUCACAGGACGUGUCCAGCUGCAUAUGAGCUGUCUCCGAAUCAGUGGUAUCCUUUGCUGCUCUGUGCUAGCCCUUAGCUAAGUGCUAACAACAGUGACAGCAACUUUAUCUACAUGCGUCUACCAUCGCUGUCAUUUUCAGAGGCAGACGAUCAACAGGGAUCCAGGAGACACUAACAGCCAUCCCUCAGCAGACAUUAUGGAGCUACAAGCGGUGUUGAUGGCAGCUGGUGGGGGUUCUCGUAUGACUGAUCUGACAUACAACACCCCCAAACCAAUGCUGCCUGUUGGAAACAAGCCCCUCAUGUGGUACCCGCUUAACCUGUUGGAGAGAGUCGGCUUUGAAGAGGUCAUUGUGAUCACCACCAAAGAAGUCCAGAAGAUGAUGAGCACAGACCCAAAAAUGAAGCUGGAGACAAAGAUGAAACUUGAUGUAGUUUGUAUUCAGGAAGAUGGAGACAUGGGUACCGCAGACGCUCUCAGACACAUCCAGCAGAAGAUCAAGACGGACAUCCUGGUGGUGAGUUGUGACCUGAUUACAGACGUGGCACUUCACGAGGUGGUCGAUCUGUUCAGAGCCCACAAUGCAACACUGUCCAUGCUGAUGAGCAAAGCCCAUGAAUUCACAGAGACGGUCCCAGGCCAGAAGGGCAAGAAAAAAACAGCUGAGCAAAGAGAUUUUGUGGGCGUGGAUCAGUCAGGGAAGAGGCUGCUGUUCAUGGCCAAUGAAGCAGAUCUGGAGGACGGGCUAUCUAUCAGGAAAUCCAUUAUGAGGAAACAUCCCAGGAUGCACAUCAAAACAGGCCUCGUGGACGCUCAUCUCUACUGCCUGAAAAAAGCAGUGGUGGACUUUCUUGCUGACAACAAGUCAAUCUCAUCAAUCCGCGGGGAGUUGGUACCAUAUUUGGUGCGGAAGCAGUUUUCCAAAACAACCAACAGUCAUAAAAUCAAAGACGACACAGAUGAUCAGAACCAGAAAACGAAUGAUGGCUCUACAAACCAUGAGAUCCUCAUCUCAUCUCGUGAUGAGCUUCUCCUCAAGCUGGCUCAGGAACGCUCCUGUUGGAACGACCACCGUGGUGACAUGAGCGAAGCUUACCAUGGAGGAAAGCUCCGCUGCUAUGUUCACAUUAUGGACCAGGGUCUGUGCUACCGCGUCAACACUCUAGCUGCUUACAUAGAGGCAAACCGACUGGCUCCAAAGCUAUUUGAGGAUUCAGCAGUCCACCCAUCUGCUGUUAUUUCUGAGAGAUGUCAGAUGGGAUCCGACAGUAUCAUCGGGGCGUUGUGCCAAGUGGCGGAUAAGACUUCCAUAAAGAGGUCCACUAUUGGAAACUCCUCCACUGUGAAAGAGAAGGUCAAAGUCACCAACUCUAUCAUCAUGCACGGGGUUACCAUCGAGGAGGGGUGUAAUAUCCAGGGCAGCGUGAUCUGCAGUAACGCUGUUAUCGGCCGAGGAGCAGAUCUCAAGUACUGUCUGGUGGGAAACGGACAACGGAUCGAACCAGAAGCUGAGAGGACUAACGAGGUCAUUGUUGGAACAGACCAGCUGAUGGAGAUCUAGCUCCCACAGGGAAGAAGUGACAUCGCCUCAUUAACCAGUCACAGAGCAGCAAAACACAGAGGACAACUAAUUCACCGGCUGACCGGCCAAUCAGAAGCCUGGAUACUGCUUGACGGUCCCACAUUCUCUUCUCAUAGGCUUUCUUUUGUAAAUUGUGUCUAAAUAAAGACAGCUCUGCUUAAACCCAUAAA